CCUCCGCGUCGCCGGGCUCGGGAGGCGCCGGAAGCACCGGGAGCCGCCGCAUGGCGCAGGCGGGGAGCGCCGACCCCGGGGUCGGGGGCCAUUGGGCCGCGGGGCCUCGGUGCGCGCCUUGGCGCUGGGCCCUGGCGCUGCUGUGGCUGGCGACGGCCGCGGGCGGCCCCUCCCGGCGCCAGUGGCCCGUGCCCUACAAGCGCUUUUCCUUCCGUCCAGAACCAGAUCCUUAUUGUCAAGCUAAAUACACAUUCUGUCCAACUGGCUCACCUAUCCCAGUUAUGAAAGGUGAUGAUGUCAUUGAAGUCUUCCGGUUACAAACCCCAGUAUGGGAAUUUAAAUAUGGGAACCUCCUGGGACACUUGAAAAUUAUGCAUGAUGCCAUUGGAUUCAAGAGUACUUUAACUGGCAAGAACUACACAAUGGAAUGGUAUGAACUUUUCCAACUUGGAAACUGUACAUUUCCCCAUCUCCGACCUGAAAUGAAUGCCCCUUUCUGGUGCAAUCAAGGCGCUGCCUGUUUUUUUGAAGGGAUUGAUGAUAUCCACUGGAAGGAAAAUGGGACGUUAGUACUGGUAGCAACCAUAUCAGGAAACACAUUUAACCAAAUGGCAAAGUGGGUAAAGCGGGACAAUGAAACAGGAAUUUAUUACGAGACGUGGACUGUUCAAGCCAGCCCAACAAAGGGGGCUGAGACAUGGUUUGAAUCCUAUGAUUGUUCUAAAUUCGUGUUAAGGACAUACAAGAAGUUGGCUGAACUUGGAGCAGAGUUCAAGAAGAUAGAAACCAACUAUACAAGAAUAUUUCUUUACAGUGGAGAACCUACCUACUUGGGAAAUGAAACCUCUAUUUUUGGGCCGACAGGAAAUAAGACUCUUGCUUUAGCCAUAAAAAGAUUUUAUUACCCCUUCAAACCACAUUUAUCAACUAAAGAAUUUCUGCUCAGUAUCUUGCAAAUUUUUGAUGCAGUGAUUAUACACAGAGAGUUUUAUUUGUUUUAUAAUUUUGAAUAUUGGUUUUUACCUAUGAAAUUUCCUUUUAUUAAAAUAACAUAUGAAGAAAUCCCUUUACCUAAAAGAAAUGAAACACUUUCUGGUCUAUAACAUUUUAAUUCCAUUGCUCUUUUUUUCCUUCUGUCACCAGCAUAUAUAUUUUUCAGGGGGUGAUUUUACAUUUGUGGAUUUCUUAGGCCUUUCUGCCUUGGAGCAGAAAUGCACCUGGGCAGAAUUGCUGCAUAUCAUCUCAGGACUUUUUUGGAGAGAAGCUGAAACUCUUACUGCAUUGGCCAAAGUGAGUACAUUGUACAUUAGGUAAUCUUGAUUUCAAACUCCAAGCCUUUGUUAGUAUGAAUUACAGUUCAUAUCAGAUAUAUAGGAUCUUUGGACCCCUUAUUUUUAAAUUGUGGAUAUGGUAUGCCAAGAUUUUUUUAAAAUACCCCCAGUGACAUUUUCACGGCAGGAGCUACUUUUUCGUGGCACGGUAGUUAUGGUUUUCAUUUAAGCACUUUUUGGUGGUUUAGACUGAUGUCACAGCUUUUGUAACUUUCGGGACCAGAUCUAGCAGUUUGAUUUUGUUCUAUUCACUUAAAGACUAAUUUGGACACCAUAGCUGUAGCAAUGGUGCUUCUAAAUGAGGUAAAAACAGUGUUCAAUAGUACAAGUUUCUAGCUAGCAUUUGAGAAUUAUAGCUAGUAACUGGCAUUUUGUGAUUUAGAUGGCUCAUAAGGCAUUUCUGAACCUUAGUGUCCGUAUGUCUAAGAUGAUUCAUCUGUCAGGACUGUUGUAAAGAUUGAAGCCAUGUGUGUAUUUUUCAAGGGAAAGUUGCAGUAAAUGGUAGCUAUAAUGAUGAAUCAAAGAACAAAGUGCCAUCCUUGAUCUGGCCUAAUGUAGUUUACCAACCUUUCCUGGGUUUUAUAGUAAUAA